GGGUGACCGGUGGGUACCGGCUCGGGCUGCGGGGUCCUGCAGAAGAAGGUUGUCGCGGCCUCGGGCGGAGGGGUGCCGGCCGACGGUGCAUCCCGGAGAGGGGGCGGCGGCCUCGAGCGAGGAGAAGUUGCUGUGGCCUCGAGUGGAGAGAUGCCGCAGACGAAGGCUACGGUCUCGACGGGAGGAUCUGCCGCCCUGGCUGCCCUUCACGGGAACACAACCGCCCAGGAUUCCGAAGAAUCCGCCGCCAAGCGCCGUACAAAGAAGGCACGCACGGUCUCGAGCGGGGAGACCCCAAUGGUGGAUGCCGAUGCCAUCUCGAGUGGACACACGGCGCACGGCCACCCUGCAAAGGAGCCUGAUACUGCCAAGGACCUUCAGAGAUCCGAUUCAGACGAGACUGUACUACAUGCCGAGGAAGAAAACGAAGAGGUGAAAGAGGCGGAGCUUCUGAUCCAAAGGCUGAAUGAUCUGGGCAUAGGAGAGCAUGUCAGCGACGACGAGUUCAACGCUUACUUUGAUCAGCUACCUUCCAUGCCUCGGAUCUAUCCCGAUGCUGUCAAACUGACCGGCGAGGAGCUCGACAAGCAAGCCGUUCGCCUUGCGCUGUACCGCUUCAGAUCUUACAAACACAAGGUGAAAGAGGAGGGGAAGGACGAUACGUUGGGCCUUAAGGACGUUUCUGAGGACGAGUGUGAUCGACAGUUUCUUAAGAAGUGGGGAUACUUCAAGAGAAUCGAGGAAAAUUGGACACUUGAUUGGGUGGUACUGAGUACGGCAGGUGGAGUGACUACCACGAAUUCCUUUGUAGCCAUGUCAUUGAAGAAGAGUAUGCCAAUUACUGCGAGGAACUAUUCAAGCAACUACAGUGGAUGGAAGGUUAUCUAGAUGCUCGCCGGCCAUCUUAUAUGUGGGACUGCAUAUCCUCCCGGGGAGCUUUCCAAGCAAUGAAGAUCGCUGCUACUACCUUCCCGAAGAUCAGCGCGUCUUUAGCUUACUAUGGCUACCAUGAGUGUAUAGCGAGCAUGGGCUAUGACAGUUUUUGGUUUAAGGAGUUGGAUGGUGUCUAUUUUGAGAUUUGGGGGCGGGUCACGCAACGAAUGAUGAGCUUCAGAGAAGCUCUAGGGGACGUUUAUAAUUUGGGCAGGUUUCCGUUACGCCAACAUAGGAUGAAAGUUGCACUGGAGGAUGACUACAUCAUGGGGAGAAUGAAAUCGGAGUACCGUGCCUGCACGGCAGCCAUUACCCCGGAAGUUAAAGAGGAUGGAGCUAAGGCGUUGAUUGCAGAGGGAAUUAGAAAGCGGAUUAACAAGCCGAAGUACUAUGAGGAGUAUAUCAGAAAGAAGAUUCACAUCGCCCGCGUCAUUGGAAUCCUUCCUCCGCAGGAAGGAUUGAAGCAACAGUGUAAUCAAGAUUCCGAAGAAUGAGAUGAUCGUCAAACAAGCGUUGUUUAUGAGACUAUGAAAUUGAACCAUCCCUCGUCCUUUUGCACUGUGAUGUGCUGCCCAGUGGCUGUGUGCGCAAAAAUGCUAGUGACUUAUAAGAUAAUGUAAUACUCCCUCUGUCCCAAA